AUGCCUAAAAAGCAAAGCACGUCCAGCAAAAAGAACUCCAAGCAGGCUUCAAGAGCGGCUUCAGGAAGACCCUCAGGAGGAGCCUCAGGAGCAGCCUCAGGAGCAGCCUCAGGAGUGAUUUCAGGAGGAGCUUCCGGAGGGCCUGUAAGAGCAGCUUCCGGAGCGGCUUCAGGAGCGACUUCACGAAUGGGAAUCGAUCUCUCCAAAUACGGUCCAGGCCUUGGAAGUCUAGGAGGGAUUCCUCCUGCAGAUCCCAACUAUGAAGUCAUGGAUGAUGAAGGUCUAAUUCGAUGGAAGUUCAAACCAAUUGUUCGCGAACCGCAACGUGCAACUCGUCUAAGGGACGUCAUUUCAUCAUUCGAACAAUGUCGAGGCCAUUUUGAAAAGUCGCAUGCCUAUCACUGUCUGGAGACAUCAGUCUGGUUACGAUUUCGGGAGGCACACAUAUCCCUAACGAAUUACGUCUGCUUUGGUACUGGAAGUCCCACUGCUGGUGGAAGAAAAGGGCAUUCCAUGUCACAACUUGCUGUUUUUGUGGCAAUAGUACAUCUGCUUCACAGCCAGCAAGACAAAACCACCCCACCCCGGAUGUUUGCACAGGAGCCGCUUUACAACAGUGUCGACGAACGAUUACUAGAGCAUUUGCAUAUAACGGUGGUUGAACAUCCAGAUGCAUUUCGGCUUGUCGAUUCCAGAGCAUUUGCCUUUGGGGCCAUCCCUCCCUCCUUCGUCCUGCGCGGACUUCUUGUUCGUUCUCCGGCCAUUCUCAUGGUGGACAAUCCAUUGGUAAUAUAUGUAGAGGAAUCUGGCCAAACAGAGAGAGCAGACCUGUAUGCCUAUUUUCCGACAGACUUUCCCAAUCACAAGUUCUCAGAGGAAGUGAUCGAGCAACGGCAGUAUCAACACGAGGUCAGGGCCGCACAAAUCAUCACUUGCUUUUUCCAAGACAAGGAACAGCUGAGAAUGCCAGAGUACUUACCGGCAUUUGACAACCCUAUCAAACAUAACGCUAGGGAGGUCCAUCCUCUAUAUAUCUACUGGAAGAGUGAGGAGGAGGGUACGGCGGACUAUUAUUGGGUUGACGACACAUCAAAAUUUUGA